UCAUUUGAACUGGGGUUUAAAGUUGCCUUUACAUGCUGAUCUGCGGUCUGUUAUUUAAACAUCUCCCCCGAGACUUUGGCCAAAACUGGUACUGAACAAACCGAUACCAAGUCAGCACUUACAGAUAGCCGCGUUCAUGAAAGCAGGAAGUGAAACUUGUCGCCACUGCGAUCAAAACUUUGACAUUAGGCGAACAGUUGCAAAUAUAGAAAUUCGCUCUUUCUCCUCGUUUUGCCAGCUAGCUAGCUAGCUAGUCCUCAGCGAUGGACAAGCUUCGUCGUGUGUUAAGCGGCCAAGAGGAAAAUGAAGAGUUGGGUCUUACUGCACAGGUAUUUGAUGCCAGCACUCUCAGCUACAGCACCAGGGUGAAAUGGUUUGUCAUCUGCUUUGCCGGAGGCAUCCUGUGUUCAAUACUUGGUACAGCUCUGCUGUUCGUUCCAAAUGGAAUCAAGCUUUUUGCCGUCUUCUACACGCUAGGAAAUGUCGCAGCUCUUUCCAGCACCUGCUUCCUAAUGGGACCCAUAAAACAGCUGAAGCGCAUGUUUGAAAAAACAAGACUGAUAGCCACCCUUGUUAUGCUGCUCUGCUUUGCCUUAACUCUUUGUGCAGUGUUUUGGUGGCAUAAAAAAGGGCUGGCUAUCAUCUUCUGUAUUCUGCAGUUUUUGGCAAUGACGUGGUAAGUGUAACCGGCAAUCUCUUUGCUGUAGCACAGUUGGCAAUUAAUUUACUCAUCAUCACUCACACCUACUCCCAUGAAGCCAUCUUUCGUGAUAAAGAACUUUUGCACCAGCCUUGCAUCAA